UCAGUCUACUGGACUUGUUGUUUGUAAACAAACUAUCCGGGCGGUGACUUCGUGUUUCUAGUAGGCCUACUUAAUUCUUCAAUAUGAACGAAUGUCCUGUACUGCUCUAUGCGCACCCUUCAAUGAAGGAGGUUGCUAAACAAAUUGUAUUGAAAUGUCAAGGACAUUGGAGUGAUUCGCAGACAAAACGAAUGAAAAUUGAGAGAUCGAUAGCCCGGUAUGAUCCUCGAAGUGUUGAAUAUGUAGAGAAUAUACAAUGGGAAAAGUUCAACGAUGGAUUUCCUAAUCUCUUUAUUCAAGAUGUCAGACGAAUGGCCGGAAAAGAUGUCAUUUUGAUUGGUAGUUUUCACAACCCAGAAAUAAUCUUUGAACAGAUUUCUAUACUAUAUGCCAUGCCAAGAUAUUUAGCGAAAUCUUUUCAUUUCAUCCUUCCAUAUUUUCCUACGGGUACGAUGGAGAGAGUUGAUAAAGAAGGUCAAAUAGCCACAGCAAUGACUCUAGCUAAGAUGUUAUCUAAUAUUCCACUAACAACAAAAGGACCAGCACAGAUAAUGAUACUCGAUAUACAUUCCUUAUCAGAACGAUUUUAUUUCUCAGAAAACGUUAUUCCAAGAUUAGAAACAGCUGUACCUCUGUUGAAGAAAGUUUUAGAAAAUAGAAAAGAUUUAACAAUAGCAUUUCCUGAUGAUGGGGCCCACAAACGAUUUCAUUCACAGUUUCCAGAUAAAGAUUUGAUUAUUUGCAAUAAAAUAAGAGAUCAGGAUAAAAGAAUUGUUCAAGUGAAAGAAGGUAAUCCUGCAGGUAAACAUGUUGUUAUUGUUGAUGAUUUGGUACAAACAGGUGGAACUCUAAUAGAAUGUGGCAAGGCAUUAUUAGAAAAAGGAGCAACAGGGGUCAGCGCUUAUGUCACUCAUGCUGUAUUUCCCAAAGAUUCGUGGAAAAAGUUUACCAAAAGUAACAGUGAGGAGGGAAAGGUUCAGUUUGAAUCGUUCUGGAUAACAGACUCGAUACCACAUGCAUCAGAGAUAGCCAAACAUGAACCCUUUCAAUUAUUAUCUAUAUGUGAUAUCAUAGCAGAAUCGUUGCUAGGUUACGAUUUGUUACCAUAAAUUCGCCAUAUCUAUAUGUGAUGUCAUAGCACUCAUUGCUAGGUUAGGAUUUGUUACCAUAAAUUCACUAUUAAUUAUUAUUUAUAUGUGAUGUCAUAGCAAUCUUUGAUAGGUUACGCUUUUUUUACAAUAAAUUCACCAUUAAUUAUUACCUAUUGUUGCUAGGUUAAGAUUUGUUACCAUAAAUUCACCAUCAAUUUUUAUCUAUAUGUGAUGUCAAACCAGAAUGGUUGCUGGGUUAUGAUUUAUUACCAUAAGUUUGCUAUUAUUGCUUUUUUUUUUUAAUUUAAGACCAAGAACUCUGUUUCGAAUUAAUUAAUUUAAGACCAAGAACUCUAAUUAAUUAAUUUAAGACAUAGAUACAUUUUAGGGUGCUUCAUCUAAUCCAUCUAUGGUAAAGAAUCAGUUUUUACUGCUAAUCAGUUUCUAAUAUGAACUGAAAACUUGUCAGGUUUGAAGCGGUGGAUUUACAUGUACUAGCCGUUUGAUUUUACCGGUGCCAAAUGAAUCGUUGCCAAAAUUUGCCUAGUGUGUCCGCUGUCAUUUGGCCGAAUUAUAUUUGCCUAGUGUAUCCACAUCGCCGAAGCAUUCGAGAAGUCACAUUAUUGUUCGAAGACAUGGUCGCUGCCAUGUUUAAUCAUGUGAAGUCGACUGGUGUCCACUCAUUCGGCUGCAGUUCUCGGCACCGAUUCGAAGACAUGGUCGCUGCCAUGUUUAAUCAUGUGACGUCGACUGGUGUCCACUCAUUCGGCUGCAAUUCUCGGCACCGAUUCAUUCAGCCGAAUCAUUCACCUAGUGUGAUUUCAAUGUUGAAGACUUUGGAUGAUAUUGAGUUAGCUACUUUAAAACCAAACAAACUUUUACUGCAUUUAAAUCAAACUUGAAAAUUUUCUAUUAAAGGAUAUUAAGAUUAUUAUUUAGUUAAUUUGUGUUGAGUCAUUUGAUGUGUGUUUUCACUUAGAGCAUGUCUCUAUGGCAGGGACGGACUUGGGGAGGUGGGGCGGUGGCUUGUCCAGAAGGGUUUCCUCCCCAAAUGGUGCAAUAAAAAAUUGUUGUGAAGCAUAGCCAGUUCGUGAAAAACGACAUAGGUUUAAGACUAAAAAGGGCCCAGAAACUCUGGGGUGUUGAAUGGUCGAUUGGUUAGCACAUGUGCGCUGUUUCAUGAGGUCUGCCAUUGAGUCAACUGGCAUGGAUUUGAUUCCCCGGUCGAACGUGACAAGGAGUAGUGUCGUGGGUUUUCUCCGGGUACUCCGGUUUCCACCCACUGCUAUAAGACCCCUACGCGCAAGCGAAUUAUUGAAAUAAAAUUGAACCACGUGUUAGUCCUGAAAUGACCUAGUUUGUGUCGAGUGGACAUAAUAGCCCAUCUCUCAUACUCCCAGUCCUUCCCUGUCUGAUGUGACAUAGAUUAGGGUUCCGCGAUCAUAACAAGUGUAUCUAGAUUUCUGAUCACCUAUAUCACAGAUGAUCACUCAUUCCAUUGUAUCAACUAAAAACUUUUAAACUUAUAUUAUGCAAGAGCUAAAUCUGUCUAUUGCAGGUCUUUCUUUAGGCCUGAAUUGUUCUCUAAAUUAUUAUAAUUAGACAUUAAUUAACUUAUCCAGGCCAUAAUCAACUCUUGAUGGCAUCGGAUUUCUCCGAUAUUAAAUAGAUUGAAACAGUUCAGCCAUAUUUUGAUUUAAGCUAAAAAUGGAGAAGCGAGAUUUGGCUUCGAACAACCAGUACGUUGGUUGAAAUUAUUACACACGUCUUGUCAAGCCUUCAAAGGCUAAUAUCUUCGCUCGCAAUAGAGUAAUUUGAAAGAAAUUUUCAAAUUAUUCAUUUGACAUUAUCUAAUUUCGAACUAUUAUAGCAAGAAUGGCUAGCUCUUUAUCUAAAGCUUACAUAAUUUAUCUUGAAAUGAGUUUAAUCUAAGGGAUAGCUUAUUCUCUGAACGGAGUUGAAUCAUGCUGAGACUGAUAGAUAUAAGUGAUAUUUAAUUCUCAGAACAGAGUUGAAUCGUGCGGAGACUGAUAGAUCUAAGAUAGUUAAUUCUCUGAACAUAGUUGAAUCAUGUUGAUAGUGAUAGAUCUAAGUGAUAGUUAUAUCUCAGAACAGAGUUGAAUCAUGUUGAGACAGAUAGAAUAAACCAUAAGAUUUUGAAAUUAAUUCAAACCUCUUUGGUAACCAAUGUAGGUCUACUGAAAUGACGAAGCCUUAGGCACUUUUUAAAGUGCAUCACCUGCAAGAGGAAGAACAAGAUAAGUAUUGCUUACGGACCAGUUCCUCUUCAUUAUUCAUCAUUGUCACAUUUUCAGUAUUUAUAUAUGUAUUAAUAUAAGUUAACAGGGUUGUUUUAUAUAAGUCAAUAGGGUUGUACAAUAAGUUGUUUUAUAUAAGUCAACAGGGUUGUACAAUAAGUUGUUUUAUAUAAGUCAACAGGGUUGUACAAUAAGUUGUUUUAUAUAAGUCAAUAGGGUUGUACAAAAAGUUGUUUUGUUAUGUUUAGAUGAAGUCAUUGUUAAAAUAAAAUCUUUAGUAAAA